UGUACAUAUUAUGUACAUAUGCGGACUGAGAUUGUUCAGAAGCGCUAAUAUUAAAAACAUUAAGUUAAUUGAAAUUGGUUAUUCUGUUUAAAUAUUUUCUGAUGCUAUCCCCAAUAAGAACUUUUUACAAACUCCGUUUUAUAAAUGGUUUGAGUUUUUAUGCGGGUCAUCGUACAUACUCACUGAUGCAUACAAAAUUAUGUUACAACUACUUAAAUUCUGUUAAUCAAAAUUCAAUUAUGCUUAAAACUUGUCAUAUGUACCGAACUGAGAGAUUUAUGAGUACGAAAAUAAGCAUUCAACAAGAUCAAGAACGUUUUUUUAUUUAUCUUCACGGAAUGAAGGCUGAGUUGGGCUAUUUUAUUCGAGAUGGAGUUAUGCACAUUGAUCACACCAAAGUUCCUAAGGAACUUGGUGGUCAUGGUCUUGGCAAGCUGCUGGCUAAGGCUGCUUUGGAAUACGCACUGCGAAAUGGACUGUUCAUUAUUAUUCACUGUGAUUUCGUUAAAAACUACGUUGAAAAAUACGAGCCACACUAUUCAAAGUACAUUCUUAAAUAAUAUGUGUAAAUAAAGCAGAUAAAAGUGA